CACUGGUGGGGUGGACCUAGAGGUGUCCAGGAAAUCCCAGAGCAGUGAGCUCACCUGGGACAGGUGUCUGGGUGCAGUGCGGAGGGCGGCCGGCAGCACUGGGCAAGAUGCGAGGCAAGGAUGAUGAGUAUGACUACCUCUUCAAAAUUGUGCUGAUAGGGGACUCGGGCGUGGGGAAGAGCAACCUUCUCUCGCGCUUCACCCGCAACGAGUUCAAUCUGGAGAGCAAGAGCACCAUUGGCGUGGAGUUCGCCACCCGCAGCAUCACGGUGGACAGCAAGACCGUGAAGGCGCAAAUCUGGGACACGGCCGGGCAGGAGCGGUACCGGGCCAUCACUUCAGCGUAUUACCGGGGGGCGGUGGGCGCACUGCUGGUCUACGACAUCGCCAAGUACCUGACAUACGAGGAUGCAGAGCGGUGGCUUCGAGAGCUGCAGGACCACGCCGAUGUCAACAUCGUCAUCAUGCUGGUGGGCAACAAGAGUGACCUGCGGCAUCUCCGUGCCGUGCCCACUGACGAGGCCAAGAGCUUUGCAGAGAAGAAUGGCCUGUCCUUCAUCGAGACAUCGGCCCUAGACUCCACCAAUGUGGAGACGGCCUUCCACAACAUCCUCACAGAGAUCUACCGCAUCGUGUCACAGAAGCAGAUGGCCGGACAGUCGGAGCUGGAGCUGGGGCCCAGCACCACCAUUGAGCCCAUCCACAUGCUGCCCACCCACCAAGAGGGCAAGCAGGCACCUUGCUGCCAGAACAUCUGAGCCCACUGGGGUUGGGACAGCGAGGGGGGCAGCCUGGACCCCCAGCCCUGCCCUAGGCAUGGUGAGGAGGCCACGGCUUGUGCGCCGCUCUCUUCUUCCAAUGUCCCGGGUCCUGCCCUCCUCCUGCCCCGUGCAUCUCUGUAUUUACUAGAGGCCCUAGGGAAAUGCAGCCAUGCUCUUUCCCAGAAGAUGCUUUCCUCUUCCUUGCUGCUAGGGUCAAGUUUUUGUAGGUCUUACACAAAAUGGGGGGGCAGGGGACACUCCUCCUCCCUUUGUUGGGCUCCCAAGCCCCUUCUGGACAGAGCCCAGCAUGGAGCAGCUGAUGGGUGAGGCCUGGUGCACCCCAGCCCCGAGGGGAUGGGGUGGGCUGGGGGUGCCCUUGGCUGGAGACUGCACUUGCUAGAGCCGGGUUGUAGCUUCCUUUAUCGGACCCACCUGAUGGCCUGAGCCCUGUGCACAUUUUACACCCGCUCCUGGGCUAGAGGCCAGCUUGAUCGCAGCACGGCAUGGCCGAGAACAGAAAUGGGCACCCUCGCCAGGAGCUCAUCACCACUGGGGCAAGGUGUGGGGGGCAGGGGACUCCGUUUUGGGGUGUCCCUGUAGAUCGAUUCUUCAGCGCACACUGCAGAGGAUGCCUCCAGGGUCAGGUCUCAGCCCCCUGCCAGGGUC